UAUAUAUAGCAAUUAGCGGGAUCAAGGAGAUCGUACAAUGUGGUGCGAGCCGACUAUGAUUGUGGGAUAAUUAUAAUCUUUGAAUGUAAUGUAUGCACUUCGGAACUGCACCAUACGAAGUUCAUUGACAAAAGCCGUUUGUUGGUGAUUUGUGUUUAUGUUGGGUUAUUUGUGCGAAGCAUUUUUUUAAAUGAAUUGUGCGGGUUUGAGUAUCAUGGGUUAGGAGCUACUUAUAUUUCUCAGAACUCCAUACUGAGUGAUUAGUGUCACUGUCAUAACAAUAGGGUGACGACAGUCUUAUUUAAAUGCCUGUAUCUACGCAUACACUUUCGUGCCAUCGGACAGGAGAUGUUUCAGAUGCGAGGAACGAAUUUAGAAAUACAGGAGCAGACAGAGAAAUUUUAAGAGAAUUAAUACAGAAUUACAUAAGCGGAAAGAGAUGCACUAAAACAGCGACUGCAUGCUACGGUAUGUGUUAUCCAUGGAGCUGGCUUGAUUGAGAGAUUCUAACUGUGUCAUCCAAACGAAGCAGAACUGAUUCAUUUGCAGAAACAAGAAAAGAUUUUGCAUUUAGAACUGUGAUCAGUUGAGUACACUUUUAAUUUAAAAAUGGGUCUGAUAUUUGGUAAAGCUCAAGAUGAAGUGCAAGUUAAAAACAAAACUAUAGAAACUGCUACAGAACAGUGCCAUCUGGCAACUGUUGAACCAGAAAAGAAAGUAACCACAAGUAAACAGUAUUUAAACUUCCCUUUUUUGAUUGAUCCAUCUACAGUAGAUUACAUACGCACCUCAAAAACAAUAUUCAUUUUACGCGGCCUUGCUGGCAGUGGAAAAUCAACAAUUGCAAAAGAAAUUGAAGAGACAUACAAAGGUGCUGUAAUAUGCUCCGCAGACCAAUUCUUCACAGUCAGAGGCAGGUACAUGUUUAAUCCAAAGAAGCUGAGAGAGGCUCAUGAAUAUUGUCAGGAGAAAGCGAGACGUGCUUGCAUAAGAAAUGAAAAUGUUAUAGUUAUUGAUAACACUAAUGUUCAGAAGUGGCCGAUGGAGUACUACUUUCUGUUAGCGUUUAAAACUUGCUAUACUGUUGUCCUAGUGGAACCGCAAACACCAUGGAAAGAUGAUCCCCUUUUUUUAUCAAUUAAGAAUCAACAUAAUGUACGAGAAGAGACUAUUCAAAAGAAAUUGGAACAGUGGGAAACAGUCUUGCCACUUUAUUUUGGCUGGUUUCUGAAUGAAUCUGAUUCUCGUAUGCUGUUACUUGUUGGUCAGGCAUAUCUUGAAGAGUGCCUGAAGUUACCUGAAUUUGAAGAAGAUUUCCAGAGUUUUAGCUCAUUGGAAGAUAAGUCAGAGAUGCUGGAGUACUACACUAAGAGGGGUAAGCUGUUACACUGCACGGCAAAGUUCUGUAAGUGUGGAGAAGUUCCAGAUGCUUUGGAAUAUUCGUCAAAACGUGAUGUUCUAGAAGCAUAUGGAAAAUGUUAUGAUUUGAAUGUAGUUGGAUUUGUGAUGACUCCAAGGACAUUUGGAGCACGAGUGAAGCUUAAUUCUGAAGAGAUGAAACUAUGGGGAGGAGAACUGUCAUCAGCCACAUCUUCACCUCAGAAUUCACCUAGAAUGAAACAAAAAAGGAAUGCAGAUCUUUACAUAGAUGUCAGGGACAGAGAGAGCAAACAUGUACCAAAUUGUCAAGCAUCUCUUAUUUGUUUACCAGAGACUGAUAUUUCAUUGCAGCCAACCAAAGGAUUUGGUAGUAAAGCUCAUAUCACACUGGGAUGUGCAGAUGGGAUACAGCCGGUCACAACAGGUUUAGACCUACUUGAUGUUAUUGAUUGUGAAGCAUUGUCACAUGAAGGAGGUGAGUCUGUCAAAACAUUUACAUUUUCAAGGGGUAUUCUGAGAAAUUAUGGACAAUCAAGGUGGGUACUGUAUCCAAACCAAAAAAUUUUGGUGAAGUCAGUUUUUACGGGAAAUUACUAGAUAUCAUUUUGCUAAUGGGAUUUAUUAAAAUAUUUGGUACAGUUACUGCCAUACACUUGAGCUAUCAAAAGAGUGUGGGAAUUUUUAUGUAGAAUGUCAAUAAGUUGUAGUGUGGAAUGGUAAAACAUGCAAGAAAAGUAAAACUAUUGAUAUUUUUAUUUCAAGGUUUGUCACGAAAAUAAGUGUCAUUGAAUUCUUGCAAGACAUUUCUGUCUGAAAAAGAGUUGUGUAAUGCCACAUAGUUUGAUACUUCAUUUAUUGCAUCACAGUCACUGGCUAAAAAAAUUUCAAUUACUAGUGUCUGUCAGCUGAACUGUCACUGUAGUUUCUUCUUUUUCUCAUAUAGAGAUUUCUGAAGAAGUGCUUUUGAAUAGGACAUACUUUAUUGGCGGGGGGGGGGGGGGGGGGGGAUUUGAAUGUUUUAACUUCUAAACAUAUGGUACAGACAGUAAAGUCUUGGAAACAGAGCUUACUUUUCUUGUGAGGUACAAAAUAACCUUUCUGCAUUCCACUCCCCCUCCCCUUGUGAUAAAUACCUCUUUCAGUGCUUUCAUAGCUUCACUGGAGACAGGAUGGAAGAUAUAGUUUGCACAAUGAUUUUGCUUCGGAAUGUUGCUUAAUCUGCUGACCGAGACAUUAAAUAAAACUUUUGAAUUUGGAAGAUAAAAAUAAAGUGAUUAUUCUGCACAUGAGUGAAAUGUGGUUUUCGUGAUACAGUACAAGUAAUAGCAAACUCAUUGAAAAGAUUUAUAACAGGUUAUUGAAGUAGUGAGUUAAGAUCUAAAUUACAUUGCCUGUCUGCAUAACUGAAAUAUGAAAAUGUUCUCUCUCUCUCUCUCUCUCUCUCUCUCUCUCUCUCUCUGUGUGUGUGUGUGUGUGUGUGUGUGUGUGUGUGUGUGUGUGUGUGUGUGUGUGUGUUUGUUUGUUUGUUUGUUUGUUCGUGGUUCAUUGUCAGUCAGGUCUUAGCUCCGAUCAUUUGGGCAUCCACAGCCUUUGUUUGUAAUUUGUGACAUCUACACCUUGUAGAAUAUGACUCAGACAAAUUGUUCUGUUUUUAAGUCACUCAGCAUGAGUGUAUUACUAAAUUUUGGCCUUUAUUCACUGAUCUCUUCUUGUGUCAUAAAUUGGAGAGUUUAUGUUUUUAUCUAGUUAAAAAGUUCAGUUGUUAUGGUAGUUAAUAAUUAAGAAAAUAAGUGACUGAAGAUGAUAGAUGGCUUGCAAGGUCAAAUAUCAAGACUUACAUGGGGCUGCAAAUGGACAAUUAAGAUGUGCUAUGGGCCUGAACAUAAGAUUAAAUAUAGUCAUUAAUGGAUUGGGGUGUCUGCAUAAGGUGGACACCUUGUAGUGGGAAAAUGUGAUAUAUGUAGUUCUGUACUCGUACCGUAUACAAUGACUUAUGCAAAAAAGAAACAGAGCCCUUAGACAGAAAUUUGAGCAAAGUGCUUCAGAUGUGGGAUUUAUUUGAUCAACAAAAAUAUUACUAUUGGUCCAUGAAAUCACUACUUUUAAAAUUUUGCCCAUCUACAUCCCCUGAGAUAUAAUCUUUAAACUAUUUUCUUUUAGAUAUGGCAAUUGACUAUGCAUUUUGAUAUAUUGUUUCUGCAGGAUCUUGGUAAUUGUACUUUUAUUUUAAAUCACUGUGAUAUCAGACAGCAUUAAUUUAAGCCUUCUGUAUUGGAUGUGUGCGUAAUGCAUGUGUAUGAGAAUCAUGGCAUUCAUAACAUAACAGUAUGAAAGCAAAAUUUCUUUCACUUGCUUAUUCUUCAGUAAUGUAUCCAAACAAAUAUUUGGAUGUCAUAAUCAUUGACUCAUUCAGAAGCAGUAUGCAUAGAAUAAAUGCCUUCCCAACAGCAAUAUCAACCAUACGCCAGACCAGUCUUACCCACCACCUUCCCAAUUUUCUCUCAGUUGCAAAAAGCUGUUCAUAGAGUCUAUGUGCAUACACUCAAAAUUAUAUUUUAAUAUUUCCAGAUUUUUAGUGCACAGCCUUUGGCAAAGUGAAAAAAGUGUCAGUUCUGUUCUAAGUUGUCUUGUACACCACUGACUAUUUUAUAUGGUAGUUACCAUGGUGUAAAUUAUACUUUUGUUAAAAUAUGACUCUACUGCUAGUUCUGUGUCUUCAUCAGUUUGGGUAAAAAUACAGUAAGAUGUAGGGUAGAAGUGAACACUGCCUAACUAUAUAUGUAAAAGUAAUUUUAAGUAUUAUUCUGGAAAGUGUGUACAGACUGAAAAAGAACUCAUUGUCUAACAAUGACACAGAUAUUACUUACAUAUUUUUUUAAUUUUUUUUUUUUAAUUUUAAUUUUAAAUGGAUUGAAUAAUAUGCUCUGAUAACUUUUGCAAGAACUGUUAUAUACAAAAUAGUGCCAUUGUUGAAAUCUUUGUGAGAAUUUUGCACAGUUGUAUAAUUAUGCAAAAUGUGUGAAUUAGUUUACUAGGUGUGGAAGGAAACAGCCAUUUUCUUGUUAAGUUGUGUGUUUAUGAAAUUCUGUUUAUAUGUAUCCCUAAAGUUUGUGUAAAAUCUAUAUCAGAAUAUUUGGCUCUGAUAUACCUUACUUCUUGAACAUGUGUAAUUUUGCUUUAUGCACUUAAGUAAGGGUGGUUACUACAUAUUUUCUGUCCCCCUCCCUUCUCCUCCUACAUGUAACUCAAUAUUUUCUCAUAACUUGAUCCUUUGAAUGUCGCAGAUGCUGUACGAAAUAGAGAUUCAAGAUUUCAGAAAAAUUUAGAUAGGAUAUUUUUUAUACUUUUAACUUUCGUAUAAAAUGGAGGGCGCUACAUUAAUUUGGAGUAAAUGUAUGAGUAGAUGUAUCAGUCAAUUGCUUUCUCAUUGCUUAUGAUUAAACAAAGCUCUUAAUAAGAUUUAAAUCUGAGAAGUGAACUAUUUGUGGUUUGCUGUGUCUUGUUUUUGGAUGCUAUUUCAUAAUUGUACAUAUUAAGUAUUUCCAUUUCUUGCCAUCUCCACAUUUUAUACAUAUUUUAGAAAUACGCCAGUUCGUUCACAAAGCAUACAUUCGUGUAUGCUAUUGUAUUGAGGAAAAAUGUUUUCAAGUAUAAAACCAUUUGGGUAUAAGGCUGUGUCAUUUUAAAAUGUUAAAAGCAACUGUAAAUUUAAGUGGUCUAAUAGCUAAAAGGAUUUUCUUCAGAUGGAUACUGGCUGUGCAACCUUACAUGCAUACAUCAUGUUUUCAAGAUGUCUGUGUUUAUAUAUAAAGGUUAAUAUGUUGAAAAGUAAAUAAAUAGUGUGUACUGCCA